UCUUUCCUCUUCCCUGCAUUUUUACCCCCAUGGACGAUUUACCUCCAGAGCUCGUGGUGAAAAUCCUGAACCGACUCAACGAUUCCGAAGACCUAGCUCGAUCCCGCGUCGCGUCCAAGAGACUCAACUCCCUUUGGAGGGAAGUCCGCGCCGUGAACCUCGUCUGCACUCUGCCACGGUACUCCAAAUCGCGUUCGAUCGCCGUCACGCCGUUCAAGACGAUCUUCAAGAACCUGGUCGAAGAUUCUCGAAAUGUCAGGUCCGUAUCGAUCGGGGUCGAUAAGGCGCUCAGCGGGAUGUCGUUCGACGACUUGGCUGAAGAGGAUUCCGACGAAUUGUACCUGACGGAUGUCGAAUUCGUGCGGGCGUGGCUGCCUAGGGUUCGUGAUGAUCUGGAGACGUUGUCGAUUUCGGAUUUUUGGAUUCAGUCUUGCUGGAGAAGGUCGGAUGUUUUGGCGCUCAUUUCUUCAAAUUGUAGUAAGUUAGUCAAACUGGAGGUGAGGAAUGCUUGGCUCUCAGUUGUUGGUCUAACUCAGAUGCCUAACCUCAGACAUUUGACCCUAGAGUUCAUCAGACUCGACGAUGAGAAUCUAGAGAUGGUUAAUGACUGUUUCCCUUUUCUUCAAGUCCUGAAUUUGAUCGGUGUUGGUGGACUUAAGGAACCGCGGAUCCAUUUACUGCACCUAAAGAGUUGCCACUGGACAGUGUCGAAUGCACCACUUUCAUUGGCUAUCCUCGCGCCGAACCUCCUUGAGCUCAGGCUGAAAUGCAACAAACCCAAGUCUCUCGUCUUGGAAACACCCAAGUUGGUGAAGUUCUGUCUUUCUGUAGAAGACGCUGAAGGUGUUAGUUUCUCAGAGCUUGGAGAAUUGGAUACGUUAGAGGUUGUAUCUCCUGAUAUGUACAGGCUAAUCAGAAACACCCGUUUUGGCAACAAGAUAAGGAAGCUUGCGGUGGAUUCAGUCAAGACGAUUGAAGAUUCUGAAAGGCUGAAACUUGGAUUGGGAACACUCCUCGAAGCAUUCCCUGGCAUCGUUUCUCUUACUCUGAGUCAUGUGACUUGGUCAAACAUCAAAAGAUAUUUCCAACGCGAAGGUCUAGUACAUAUGAAGGGAGCAGAUACUACCCUGAAGCAGAUAACAGCACGUGUUCAGACGUCAGAUUAUGCUGACGUUUCGUUCAUCAGGUAUAUACUCCAUAACUGUAAAGGUUUGACAGAUGUGAGACUGGUGAUGCAUCAAGACACAGAUCCUAGAGUAAGAGAUUUAUUGAUCUCUGCGUGCACGAUGAGUAACCAAAGAGUGAGAUGGAGGUGGGGAACGUGGGCUGAAGGAGGUGAAGACAUUUGGGUAUCCAAUGGCACCUAAGGAAUAAAAGUUCAAGCCAGAAUCUUGAAUUUCUUCUGUAUAUACUUGUGAUGGUACUGAUAACCAAGAAUCUAGUUUGAUCUGUAUUUUGUGUUCUGUACUGAAUCUUGUAAGGGUUUCAUAUAGAGUUUGUAUUAUUGUAUACAAAUAUAGAUAGCAAGUGACCAUGUAAUAACUAACGAUAUUCAAAAGACCUGGACCGAAUCAUGUUAUAUGGUUAUUUUUGUUACAAAUA